GAGGGGGCGUGUCGCCUGGCGCAGGCGCAGUGCGGGCGGCUGCGGCACCAUGGCCGGGUACAGCGUGGAGGAGCGCGCCGCGCCUCACAGCCUGGAGUACCGGCUCUUCUUCAAGGACUCCGCCGGGCGGUACAUCUCCCCGUUCCACGAUAUCCCCAUCUACGCAGACGCCAGCAAGAAUGUGUUCAACAUGGUUGUGGAAGUACCUCGAUGGACAAAUGCAAAAAUGGAGAUUGCAACAAAGGAUCCCUUAAACCCAAUUAAGCAAGAUGUGAAGAAAGGAAAACUGCGCUAUGUAGCCAACGUGUUUCCCCACAAGGGUUACAUCUGGAAUUAUGGUGCUAUCCCACAGACUUGGGAAGACCCAGGUCACAAAGAUGAAAACACUGGCUGCUGUGGGGAUAACGAUCCAAUUGAUGUGUGUGAAAUUGGAAGCAAGGUCUGCUCUCGAGGAGAAGUCAUCCAAGUGAAGGUGCUGGGCACACUGGCCCUGAUUGAUGAGGGAGAGACAGACUGGAAGGUAAUUGCUAUCAACGUUGAAGACCCUGAAGCAGACAACUAUAAUAAUAUUGAUGAUGUCAGAAGGAUGAAGCCUGGAUACUUAGAAGCUACAGUGGACUGGUUCAGAAGAUACAAAGUACCUGAUGGAAAGCCAGAAAACCAGUUUGCUUUUAAUGGCCAAUUUAAAGACAAGGAUUUUGCUGUGAACAUCAUCAAAAGCACUCAUGAGCACUGGAAAGCUUUAAUAGCAAAGAAGACUGACGGAGGGGAGAUCAACUGCACAAAUCUGACGGUGUCCAACAGCCCUUUCUGCUGCAGCCAGGAGUGUGCAAAAGCAACUGUGGAUGCAGCACCACCAUGUAAAGCUGCCAACCCAAUCCCACCCGAAGUUGACAAGUGGUUCUACUACGAGAAGAAUUAAGGCCUGAGGAUGGGUGGUGAGACAGCUGUGUCCUUCCCCCUGAGGAGUAGAGCAGAAAAAUCAUUUCAGUGUCAGCAGAAGACAUCGUACCUUUCCCGAUUAGAAUUAUGUGUCUAGCAGUGACGUGUUGGCUGCACUGAGGUCUUGUGGAGCCUAGAAGACAUAAUUUAUCAAACCAAGCCACCCUGCUUGUGUGUGGUUGUACGGUGUAAAGUGUGAGGGAAGGUUGCUCACUUGGUACGUGUAUGGAUGCUAGAAAUAAAAACUACUGAAGCCGAGGUCA